AUAUCCAUCUGUUACUUACUACAUGCUUCCUAAUAUUAUAAUAACAACAACAAUAUCAUUAACUCUUGUUUUUAUUGCUUCUCAGUGAGUUACCAACUCAUCUAUCUCUCUUUAUUUCCUUUUAUUUAUUUUACUAUUUUAUUCUUUCUUCACAGACACAACAUCGGUUAUCAUGCUUUCACUUCAAUUACCAGCUCAGCCACCUGAACAUUAAGCUGGUUAUUUCAUUUUUGCACAUAAAAAACAUAAAAUAAUAAAACUAGUACAUAUAAGAAUCUAGUACUAUAACAAAUUGUUAAGGUUGUUUUGUUUCCAUCAGGGUGGUUUUUUUUUUUUCUUUUUCUCCUCUCUCUGCCUUAGAUCUUCCUAGUUCUUGUGUUCUUAAGCAGGAUUGAAUUUGAAAAAAGAGAAGGAAAUUAAUUAAUACAUCACUAUCAUGUGGAAUUGUAGAGAAGAUUGGUUAAUUAUAUUCAUCUAUGUCUUAUCAGUUUUUCCUUUGGUAUGUUUUUCUGCAAACUUUGUUCCUAUAGAUAAUUAUCUUAUAGAUUGUGGAUCACAUACAAAUACUUCAAUAGGUAGUAACCUCAAUUUCACAUCAGAUACUUUCUUUAAGAAUUUCCUUUCAACACAAGAAGAUAUUCUUGCAAAUACCACCUUGAAAUCAAUCAACUCCACCACUGAUUUUUCACCUCUUUAUCAAACUGCAAGAAUCUUCAUUUCAUCUUCAAAGUACACAUUUCCUAUUAACAAAAAGGGUAGGCAUUGGAUCCGUCUUUAUUUCUUUCCAUUUUCGUAUCAAAAUUACAAUCUUAGUGCUGCAAAUUUUGCUGUUACCACAGAACAUAAUAUCCUUCUUAGUAGCUUUAGUGUGCCGAAAAAAAAUCCUGUUAUGAAGGAGUACUUGGUAAAUGUGACCUUAGACACACUUGUCAUCACCUUUACCCCAUCGAACAAUUCCACUGCUUUUGUGAAUGCUAUUGAAGUUGUUUCUGUGCCUGACGACCUAAUUGCCGAUGAUGCUAUCGCCUUGAAUCCGCGAAGAGAGUACACAGGGUUGUUGACAGAUGCAUUUGAGACGGUUUUUAGGCUUAACAUGGGUGGUCCAAGUGUUUCCUCUAGUGUUGACCCGCUUCAUCGAACUUGGGUUCCAGAUACAAGCUUCCUGAUACAACCUAACCUUGCUACUAAUUUUUCAAGUAUAGGUGCUGUUAAAUAUGCAAAGGGGGGUGCAACAGAAAAUAUUGCUCCACCUAGUGUCUAUGGUACUUUAACCGAGAUGAACUCGGAUGGUGAUCCGCGUAGUAAUUUCAAUGUAACAUGGAAGUUUGAUGUCGAACCAGGAUUUCAAUACCUUGUUCGACUUCAUUUCUGUGACAUUGUCAGUAAAGGUCUUAAUGAACUUUAUUUCAAUGUUUACAUUACUUCCUUGUUGGCUGCCAAGGAUCUUGAUAUCGGUGAAAAGACUCAUAAUACUUUGGCUACUCCGUAUUUUAUGGAUUUUGUUACGACACCGUCAGUUGACAAUAAAAUUCUUGUAAGUAUUGGCCCUUCUGAUGUCAAUAGUGAUUACCCUAAUGCAAUUUUGAAUGGACUUGAGAUCAUGAAAAUGAACAACUCUAUCAGCAGUCUCAGCGCAUCUGCAGCCGUGUCUUUGCCGAGUAGUCAUGGUUCAAAAUCUAAGAAAGUUGGUGUGAUAGUGGGUGUUAGUCUUGGGAUAUUUUGCGCACUGGUGGCCAUGGUUGGAGGUUUCUUUGUACUCAGAAAGAGAAGAAGACAGUUGGCACAACAAGGGGAUUCAAAGACAUGGGUUCCUUUAUCGGAUGGAACUUCUCACACAAUGGGAAGUAAAUAUUCAAACGCCACAACAGCCAGUGCUGCUUCAAAUUUCGGGUAUCGCUUUCCUUUUGCGGUAGUUCAGGAGGCAACAAACAAUUUUGAUGAGAGUUGGGUUAUCGGCGUAGGUGGUUUUGGUAAGGUAUACAAAGGUGAAUUAAGCGAUGGAACUAAAGUUGCUUGUAAGAGGGGGAACCCUCGGUCGCAUCAGGGACUUGCAGAGUUCCGAACUGAAAUUGAAAUGUUGUCUCAGUUCCGUCAUCGACAUCUAGUAUCAUUAAUUGGAUAUUGUGACGAAAGGAAUGAAAUGAUCUUGAUAUAUGAAUACAUGGAGAACGGAACUGUCAAGAGUCAUCUGUAUGGUUCAGGUCUCCCUAGCUUAAGUUGGAAGGAACGACUUGAGAUAUGCAUUGGAGCAGCUAGGGGGCUCCAUUACCUUCAUACCGGCUAUGCUAAAGCAGUUAUUCAUCGUGAUGUAAAGUCUGCAAAUAUCCUACUUGAUGAGAACCUCAUGGCAAAAGUAGCCGAUUUCGGGCUAUCAAAGACCGGACCGGAGAUUGAUCAAACGCAUGUGAGCACAGCUGUCAAAGGGAGUUUCGGCUACCUUGAUCCGGAAUAUUUCAGAAGGCAACAACUAACAGAAAAAUCGGACGUGUAUUCAUUUGGGGUAGUUCUGCUUGAGGUUCUGUGUGCAAGACCUGUUAUAGAUCCAUCCCUUCCACGAGAAAGGGUGAACUUGGCAGAAUGGGCGAUGAAAUGGCAGAAAAAAGGGGAACUUGCGCGAAUCGUGGAUCCAACACUUGCUGGGAAAAUAAGACCGGAUUCUCUAAGAAAGUUUGCAGAAACUGCUGAAAAAUGUUUGGCUGAUUUUGGUGUUGAUAGGCCUUCCAUGGGAGAUGUAUUGUGGAAUUUGGAGUAUGCUCUUCAACUUCAAGAGGCUGUUGUUAAAGGAGAUCCUGAAGAAAACAGUACUAAUAUGAUCGGCGAACUCUGUCCGCAAAUCAACAAUUUCGAGCAGGAACCGAGUGUUUCUGUUGAGCAAUCUGAAGCUUCCAGUUUAGAUGAUCUUUCAGGCGUUUCUAUGAGUAAAGUAUUCUCGCAGCUGGUGAAGUCUGAGGGAAGGUGACUUUGAAUAGUACAUUUAAAAGUUCUGCAUGUUACAUAAGUUUUUAUAGUUUGUUGGCUUGUGUCUUCUAAACUGUAGUUCGGUUAUUCGUAGCAACAGAGUUGUAAAUAAAGACCAAGUUAAUGAUGACACGUGCUUUUCCUAGUUGUUAACUUAACAAUGCAUUCACAUGUUGAAUCUCUAGACAAAAUCUGCAUUUUGGUCUUUGAAAUUGUAACGGUCGGUCAGUCAAUUUAGUCUUUCAAAUUUAUAAAA